AUGUCGAUUCCCUUUGAUGACCAGUCUAAUGUUUCGAAGAUGCUCUGUAGGCACGUAGUGAAGAAUUUUGCAUCCUGCCUGGAAUCGGUUGUCACGGGUACUUUUGGAACCCUGAUAUUUCCCCCUACACCUCUGGACCAGACCGCUGACAGCCAAGAACGGUGCAGUGAAUACAGUAACAACACCUCCCUAGCAAGAGCUAGACGGACAUGUCGUGGGGAUCUCUUGUCGUCAGCUGUCUGGGAAGAUCCCGUGUUCCUCGACUGCUUUGUGGGAGAAGAUAUUAAUGAGGUUCUGGACAACAUUGCAAGGGGAGUUGUGACGUCAGAGAAUGUAACCGAAUAUUCUUACGACGUUGCUGAAGCAACCGCAAAUGUCGCCGAUAUCAAUGCGAAAGGUCUUCGAGCCAUCUCUGAUGCUCUGGAAAAAAUCGUCAACGUCGGGAACUCAUCGAUAAAGGUCACCAACAACACCCUCCAGAUCGUCGACCACGCUCUCGGUGCUCCCGAAGAGGAGUUCGUAAACGCCGUCGAAGUCGAAACUCCGACGAGGAUUCUCGAUUUCCUGGAGCAACAGAUCACCCUCUUCCAGACCCAGGGCGACGGCAAUAACCUCACCAUCGUCGGAAGGAGCGUAGCUGUGGUGGCCCUCCAGCUCCCGAAGGAAAGUUUGUUGGAAGGUUUAGGGUUCGCUACCCUGGCAUCGCCUGACGGUGAAGAGAAAAGCAGCGUGCUCAACGAAUUAAAUGAAAACGAAAUGAUUAUUUACUUCAAUCCAGACAACGUCCCGGACACAACAAUUGAUGCAGCCAUUCUUUUGCCACCAUAUGUAUUAGAAAAUGGAACUGUUCCAGUGACUUUCUUCCUAUUCCAGACCAGUAAGCUCUUCUUAAGUCCAGAGCAAGCAUACGAUCUCGGCGGAGUUCGUCGACUAGCGGUCGGAACCCGGGUCAUAUCAGCGACCGUCGAGGGUGCGGUCAUUCAAGGUUUGCCGCAGGGUGGUGAAGUGGAGACAACCUUCCUUGAACUGAAUGUGACUCGAGACAAUGAAACAGUAGAUAGCAGGACAUGUGUGUUCUGGGAUAAGAUUGAUCAAGGUGGAAGAUGGUCGUCAGAGGGAUGUCGACGAGAAGACAACCCCGAAAUCAAUAUGAUACGAUGUCUUUGUGAUCACCUGACAAGCUUUGCCGUUUUGAUGGUGUUAAAUGGGUGUCGGUUUGGGAAGCAAUUCCUUGAACGCACCGGAAUCGACGGGGUUCGCCUAGCUAGUUCGAGCUUGGGUAAUAUUGGAGUGGCUUGGGAUGUAUCGGGAGAUGUGGGUCUCUCCGUUUUAGAUGUGUUGGGUAUGAUCGGCUGUAUCAUCUCCAUCAUAUGCCUCGUGAUCACACUUGUUAAUUUUAUGAGCAUGAAGAAACUACGCUCGAAGCAACCUCAGCGGAUCCUGAUCAAUCUUUGCUUCGCGCUCCUCGGGCUCUAUCUCGUGUUCGUCGUGGGUAUCGACCGCCGUUACCCGACCGCGGGUUGCGUGGUGGUCGGUUUUCUCAUCCAUUUCUUUCUGUUAUCGUCGAUGUCGUGGAUGUUGGUGGAAGCUAUCAAUAUGUACCUCCUCUUUGUCAGGGUCUUAAAUGCCACCGUGUCUCAUUUUAUGCUCAAGGCCGCGCUUUUUGCUUAUGGUUUGCCUCUUCUCGUGUGUAUCGUAACUGUAGCAGUCGAUAGAUCCCUCUAUUUGGGAGACGGGAAUUAUUGCUUUGUCAGACCGGGUCCAGCCCUGUAUUACGGCGUCUUACUCAUCGUUGCUCUCUUACUUGCCACCAACUUCAUCAUCUUUGGUCUCGUUAUGCAAAGCUUGUCACGCCGCGAGUCCAUCGCUACCCAUAAGACCAACCAAACCAACAGCGGUGAGAUGCGACGACGGGUCCAGAACGCCUUCGCCAUCUCUGUCUUGCUCGGUCUGACAUGGUUGUUCGGUUUCCUCGCCAUCGGUGGUGCCCGUCUUGUCGUCAACAUCCUCUUCCUCAUCUUAAACUCCCUCCAGGGGUUCUUCGUCUUCCUCAUGUUCUGCGUCCGACAGAAGGAGAUCCGUGAGCAGUGGGUGCGAUGGAUGCACUGCAACUUUGCCGAGCUCAAGCCGGGGCAGCGUCGCAGCAACGAUCUCGUCAGGGAGAAAUGCAAGAAGACGGGGUUUUCCUUGGCGACGUCAAUCAGUCAGAGUAGUCAACUGUGAAGUAGAGUGACUAGUUUGCAGGCACAAACCCUGGUCAGUCGUAUUAGAGAG